GUUAUUUUGUCUGUUUUCCAUGUUUUGCUAACUAGAUCUAAUUGUGGGAGCAUUUGGAGUCGACAAGGCCGUUCUUUAUAGAUCUCGUCCCAUUGUCAACGCCAGCGCCACCCUAAAUGUGUACCCAACCAUGAUCAAUCCAGAGGAGAAGACCUGCGCUCUCAGCAGUGGAAAUCAAACAAUACAUGUUUCUUGUGUCAACUUGAGCUUCUGCCUUUCAGCCAGUGGGAAGCACCUUCCAGAAAAUCUAGUGUUCAACGUAGAAGUUCAGCUAGACCGGCUAAAGCAGAAGCAGAAGGGAGCUGUUAGCAGAGCUUUGUUUUUGGACACACAGCAGGCCAGUCUACAAAGAAAAUUCAAAGUGCCUAAUGAUGCCAAGGUCUGCCAUGAGACCAAAAUCUAUCUGAGGGAUGAAACGGAGUUUCGGGAUAAGCUCUCUUCCAUCUUCAUUGCCCUCAACUUCAGUCUGGAUGCACAGGCUCCUGCUGACAAGCAUGGUCUUCGUCCAAUCCUCAACUAUCAGACCCCUGAGCUCAUUGAGCAAAAGGCCCAGAUUUUACUGGACUGUGGAGAAGACAACAUAUGUGUUCCUGACUUGAAACUUUCUGUGUAUGGGGACCGCAAAGAAGCAUACGUGGGCGAUGAUAACGCACUCACGCUGACGUUUAAUGCACGAAAUGAUGGAGGUGGCGCAUAUGAAGCAGAGCUCUAUGUGGUGCUUCCUUCUGAGGUGGACUAUAGUGGUAUCGCUCGCAAUAAUGAGAGUCUGUCCCAGCUGACAUGCAGCUACGAAACAGAGAACCAGACGCGCUACCUGAGCUGUGACUUGGGAAAUCCCAUGAAGUCUGGCACCAGUCUGUGGGCAGGCCUUCGUUUUACAGUGCCACGACUGAAGGAUUCGAACAAGGUGGUGCAGUUUGAGCUGCAGAUUCGUAGUAAAAAUGAGAAUAAUUCCCAAAGUGAGGUUGUCCCCUAUAAGCUGGAAGUGGUGGUCAAAGCUGAUGUUAUUUUGCAGGGAGUAUCCCGACCAGAUAAAGUCUUUUUCCCACUUCCAAACUGGAGAGCGACCAAAAAUGUGGCAGUGGAGCAGGAUGUCGGGCCUUCUGUGAAGCACAUCUAUGAGUUAGUGAACAAUGGUCCAAGCCGUAUCAGUCACACAGUCCUCCAGCUAAAGUGUCCUAUGAAGCUGCAUGACCACAAGUUUAUGUACCCUCUCGAGAUCAGCACAGAAGGCCCUGUAAACUGCACCACGAAGAGAAUUGUCAACCCUUUGAACCUAAAGCUUAAGCAGUUAUCUACAGAGCAGCCUCCCUUACUAAACCAGGAGCACCACAUUGAGAAGCGGGAAACACACAAGGGAGAACUAGCGGAGUUGACAGAGCUGUCCUGCUCUAAUGUGGAGUGCUGGACCCUCCAAUGUAAUGUGGGUCUGCUGGAAAAAGGAACCAGUGCCAUACUGCAAGUGCGCUCACGAAUUUGGGGUGAGACGUUCAUGGCGAUGCCUUAUAAGAAUUUUAUUCUGGAGUGUUUAGUUAGUUACAAGGUUGAGAAGAUGCCAUAUGCCAUUUUACCCAAAGAGACUCCAAAUGGAUCUAAAAAGAUGGUUACACCUGUGGUGUGGAAUAAACCAGACAGUCCGUAUGAUGUGCCCUUGUGGAUUAUCAUUCUGGCAAUAUUAAUAGGACUCCUCCUGCUGGCCCUGCUCAUCUAUGUUCUAUACAAACUCGGAUUCUUCAAGAGAACCCCCUAUGGCACUGCCAUGGAAAAGGCCAAGCUUAAACCUCAGGCUGCAUCCGAGGCCUAACAAGGCCUCUUCAGGAAGGACGAAAGUAAGGACGAAAGACCACUGGAUCUCCACUGCACUGCACUGGACAGAAAGACUCUUGAGGACUCAAAGCCAAAUGAAUGUGUUUCGAAUCGUAAAUUUUUUGUUACUUUGUUUUGCUGUGGGUUUGGAUUGCAUUCACGAGUAGUAGCCUAACACUCAGUAGCAAUGCUUCAGAAGAGUUUGGAAAGAGCCUAACCAAAGAGAAGAACCAGAGCCUAUACAGCGGCAAGGCUGUACAUCAGUGGACUGAAAUUCUUCUACUCAUUCUACUCAAGGACAAUACUUAUUUUACCUGCACUCUAUGCAAUGUUCACUGUUAAAACCUUUUUAUUGUUCUUUUAACAUGUUUAACAUAUUUUUGGUGCUACAUUUUGCCUACAUUUUUUCUCCCUUUAAAUUAUAAGAGUUUCGAAUUUGAGUUUUAAUGCAUUGUUGUCUAUCGUAAAGCUGUUAUAACCCAAAGAGUAUGAGGUCACACUAGCAAACACCUCAUCACUUUUUUUCAUCAUUUUUUUUCUGUUGUCCAUAUAAUGUUCAGUUGGAAAUACCUGUCUAAAUAAUUGUUUCAUCUUACGAGGAAAUCUUUGUGUAUUCUAGGUUCAAAGCAAAUCAGUUUUUCACCUCCUGUUUAAAUAUCUCCAGAUUUGAUGUCUCAGGUGAUCAGUUUCAACAUCAGGUGUGCCACGCUCAAAAAGACUUGAAAUCCAAGACUGAUUGCUUUCUGAGCGUGACCAUUUUCUCCUGCUGACCUGACCAGGGAGAGCAUCACCUUAUAAUUGUUGGGGCACACAACUGGAUCUGGGCUAGGAAUCCUGAUGAAAUGGCUUGACGCAAAGCAGUGCUUUGAAUACUACAUAGGACAGACUCUUGCUAUCCCUAAAGGUGCGGCAGGGGGUGUCGAUGAGGACAUGGAGAUCUGUUCUGAGUGCAGUUAGCCACUGUACACAAUUGAAAUGGGAUUGUACUUGUCACCCUGAUCUUGCGAAUGAAUACUGUUACGUCUGUAGAGAUAGCAAAUACUGAAGGAUAAUACCGGUAACCAAUGACACAGUCCAAAACGGCAGUCUCGGCUCGGGACUGAAUGGAAAAAAAAAACUUUUUGUUUAGUUAUUUUGUCUAGUGUGAGGGUGGAUGUAUGUGUGUUUGUCUGGAUUCGUUAAUGUGUGUUUUCCUGGUCGCUCCGUUUUUUUUUUAGUUUCUUUUAAUUAACAUCGUAGUGCAUAAUAGCAUGGUAAUGCAGAGCCUGGUGCCAAAGUGGCCACUCAGGGUGACUAUCUGCACUCGAAUGCAUUGCACUUAAUAACAUCAAACAAUGACGAGCAUGGGGAAGACUCAGGAUCCAUACAUGAAGUGCAAUACUGUUUUUUCUCAUGCCCCUGUUUACCCCCCUUCCCCUAUGUAAUUUUGUUAAUGUUACACAAGUAUUUUCAUACAGGCUAUAAUAUGUUGAGCUGAAGAGAUUGUGGUGAUGAUUGUGAAUACUGUUUGAAGGGAUGGCAUGAUCAAACAUCAUCAAGUAUGUUAUUUUGUACAGCAGACGUUUCAAGCUACUUUUUGGUGUUGCCCUUGAUUGUGUGUUUAAAUUUAAAUAACAAUUACGAAAUGUAACUGUUUACUGUCAUUUUACAGUUUUAUAGAAUAUAUUUCUACUAGUAAAACAACAAGCGGUUUCCUUUA